AUGAAGAAGCCUAAGUUUCUUAGUUUGCAAGAAGAUGAUACAUUUGAGAAGAUGAGACAAAGCCGUCUUCAGAAGAAUAAGAGGAAGAGAGACUCAGGUUUGAAUGUUUUUGAAGAGGUUGUGAAGGAUCUUACUUAUGGUUAUAUGAAGAUUGGGGACGGUGACGAGAUAUACGGGAAACACAGAAAGAAAAAGAGGGUUUCUAAGGCUAAAGAGCUUGAAAUGGCGAUGACGUUAGAGGCUUUGAAGAAAGAUCAAGAGAAAGGGGAUAUUGUUGCGAAAAAUCACUCGUGGCAAGCGGCUAUAAGCAGAGCUGCUGGUAUCAAGAUUCAUGAUGAUCCAAAGCGAUUGAAGAAGAGAAUUCACAAGGAAACGAAGAUGCGUGAGAAGAACACGGAGAAGUGGAAGGAAAGAGUUGACGUGCAACAGAAGUUUAGGGCAGAGAAACAGCAAAAGAGAUCAGAGAAUGUUAUUGAUAGGAUUCAACAGAAGAAGAUGAGGAAGAUUGCUAAAAGAGAGAAAAAACUCUUGCGUCCUGGUUAUUAA